AUGGACUCAGCUACAACAGGACGUAGCCCGCAGGCUGUGGUCCUCCCUGUGCUAUCCUCCAUUGCAGUUGUUGUCAGUAUUCCUCCGAUCAUCUUACAUUGGAAGAACCGUAAUUUCCCCGCCACUGCCCUCAUUAGCUGGUUUCUUAUCAGCAACACCUUUAACAUUAUCAAUGCACUUAUCUGGCCAACGGACGAUGUCGAUUCAUGGUGGGAUGGUCAGGGUCUCUGUGAUGUCGAGACCAAGGUGAUGAUAGCGAGCUAUGUUGGCAUACCGGGGACUCUGGUCUGUAUCUUCCGAAGCUUGGCCUCUGUGCUCGACACCAGACGCGCUAUGCUCGUCCCCAGCACCAGCCAACGUUGGCGUAACCGUCUGAUGGAUAUUUCAUUCUGUGUGAUCAUCCCGGUGAUCGCAAUGAGUACACAUAUCCUCUACCAAAGGAGCCGAUACCUAAUCCUCACUAUUUCAGGGUGCGUCAACAACUUUGAUCAAAGCUGGAUGAGCCUUGUGCUAGCGUUCAUCUGGCCUCCUAUAAUCUGCCUUCUGGCUGCUUUCUAUUGCGGGUUAACCCUCUAUCGCCUUCACAAAUAUCGGAGCCAGUUUGGGGACAUACUCAACUCCGCCAACAGCCAUCUCAACAAGUCCAGAUUCCUGCGUCUAUUCUUCCUUGCGUGCGUCAUGCUUUGGACGAUUCUGCCCAUUCAGGCUUACGUUGUCUAUCGCAAUCUUAUGUACAAUUUGCCCUGGCAUCCAUACUCAUGGAGCCGCCUCCAUGGCCCACACUCACCAUGGAGCACCAUCCUCAAGAUUCCAAUGCAUGGCGAAGUCUUCUUUGACCGCUGGAUUUCUGUGGCAGCGGGAUACGUGCUCUUCAUCCUUUUCGGAUGCUGCAACGAUGCUUUGAGAUUGUACCAAUCCGCUCUUUGCCUCUUGGGCUUGGGAAAGUGUCUUUCUGGGUUGCGCACUUUGUCGCAAGGCACCUCGGCAUCUUUUACAGCGAGCCGUGCGAAAUUGCUAUCCUCUAGGAAGCAAUCGUCUUCAACUGGAACAAUGACCGACUCUACCACGAGCGGGACGACCACCUCCAGCCACGAGGAUAUUGAAAAGGGUUCCGCGCCCCGACAAGAGAGUUCUUCUACAAAAAGAUCGCACUGGGUUCCGCUACCAAGGUGUCUCUUGAGCGGCACCUUCCUUUCAACCCGGGAAACAGCGACCUCUGACCCAACCUUUUCGGUUCCAGUCACCACAGUAUCCACUAACGCCUGGGCCGGUACGAGCCGGAGCCGUGGUAGUAGUGACUUCACACAUGCCCCAGCCGGACCGGAUGCUAUUCGCGUGAAGCAAGUGAUUAGUCAAGAGAGUGAGCUGCAGGUGUAA